AUGUAUAACCUUUCGCAGCAGCAGCAACAACAUUCGGCCUCUUUUGAAAAUUCCCAUGAAGAUGAGGAGACCGAACAUGACGCCGAGGAAGAAGAAGAAGAGGAGGGUGUUAGCAAUAGUGCCGGUGCAGAUGAAUCGGUCCAGGGACGUGAUUUAACCAAUGAAGAAACCGAUCAUGAAUUGGAGGAGGUUAGUGGCCAACAAAGUCAAGAAUCAUCGGGUGAGCAGCAUGACGAUGAGGGAGAUCAUGAAGAUAGCCAUGAUCAAGAAUUGGAGGAUGAUAAAUCAGAAGCCGGCCAACACGCAGAUGACAGCAGCAGUGAUAAGCAAACUCCUUCGCAUGAACAACACGAGGAAGAAGAAGAGGAGGAACCAGCUGUCAUAAAUUCCCUGGCCGCUUCCAAGGAAAAAUCCUCGGAAAUCUACGAAGGCGAAAGUCACAACAAUGAUUUACCCGGUGUUGAGGUGCGUUUGAAGCAAAUCUCCCAAGAAGUUGAAAAACGCACCAGCGAGGAAAAUCGCCACAUUCCCUCGCUAACACCCGAACUUGAUGAUAUUGGCCAUCAGUCAUUCUUAUCGCUGACCGAUCUCAUUCGCACCCUGCGCCCCAAUGAUAAACAGAUUAUACCACAAAUCGAUUCGGAUUAUUCCAAUGCCAUGCGGGUUUUGGGUGAGAAAUCGGUGGUUGUCAGUAGCAAUGGUAAUAACAGUGAAUAG